GUGGUGGCCACAGCAAUGUUCCGGAUAUUUGGCCGCCGCAAAUCUGCAGCCGAGGGGGAAGAGACAGCAGAUGCUGUAGAGGCAACUGAAGAGAAACCUGAAGUAUCUCAAGAUGGCUUUGUGCUUUUAGAUGAUUCAACCCAACUCAAUAAUGGAUAUGGUCCUCCUCCUGGGUAUACUGUUGGUGGAGCUAAUGCUUUCCUCCCAUAUGGUCUUGAACCAAAGAAUGGUGUCACCACACAGAGAUCAAUGAGUUUUGAGGCCAUGAGCGCCAUUGAUGGCAUCCCCUUUAAAUUUGGCUCAAAUGUACUGCUAGAAGAAAUGAUACGUCCAUCUUCCACUACCUCCACAGAAGACAUAAUGGCAAAAAUCAGAUCCUUCAAUUGGGAUGAUUAUGAGUACAGCUUUGAGCUUGAGAAGAGCAUCAUGAGAGAAUUUGAAAGCACAGAAGAACAUAAAAAUGAAUGAAAAUAUGGAUCCAUUUUUGGCAGUUUAUUUGAGUUUCAUAACGUUGCUAUGCUUAUUUGAAUAAUGUAUAAUGCUAUUUAUACAUAUGCACUGUCACAGCACAUUUGCCAGAACUUUUGUACUUGUAUAUUUUUUUAAUUACAAUGUUUAAGUAAUUAAAUAUUUAAACAUAGGAAUCCACUUGUAUAACAUUGUAAGCUGUUGUAUUUUUAUACAGAUUCUACUCAGCAACCAUUGCAAUGAAUGUGUACAAAAUGUUUUUGUUGUUGGAUGCAAACUUGAUAGUAUAUUUUGAAUAAAAUCAUGUAGUAUCUGUAACUAGAUUUACAUGAGUGACAAGAUCUUGUCUCCUGUUCUGCCAGGCUAGAAAUCAUUCCUUGUGUUAAAAGCAUGCACUUGGAGUGAACUCUCAGCUUUGUAAUGGAAGGAAAGGAGCUGGUCUACCAAACUGUUCACAUGUUUAGCAUUGUUUACACUUUUAACAACCAUACAUAGAAGUUUUCACUCAAUCAGUGUCAGGACUCAGUGAUAUGACUUAGUUUCUAGUCAGAGGAUAUUAAAAAGCGCUUAUCUGUUUAACAUUAGGUUAGGUAAAUAAUGCCUCAAGAAAAAAAUAUAUGCAUUAUUAUCUAUCUAUAUUUCCAGCACCGGCCCAUAACUUUUCUGGCAUUACCACACUGCUUGGUCAAAACAUCACUGUCAUCUCCCUACAGUACUCACCCACUCUGUUUAUCCAUUUUAUAUUGUGUAUAUCAAGAUAUUGUUAUCUUACUGUUAUGAAAAUUAUAUGCUUCUUUAUUGAUAGAUUAUAUAGCUUAUGUAAAAAGAUUUUUUAUUUUGAAAUAAGUAGUUACCAGAAUUAUUGUACAAUUUUUAAUGCAUUAUUUGUUAGAUAAAUAAAGACUGCCUAAAUAA